UUCUCUCGUGCAGAGACACUACCUAAUCUCCUGACUGUCGACGAUGAUCACGACAGUGACUGGACGGAUGAUGAAGACGAUCUGCCACCGCUCGAGCCUAUCGCCGGGAGUAGACGCGCUCGGGUGGAUGAUGAUGUAGACGAAGCGCGGGAUCGUAGGCAUCCUUCAGAGCGUCGCCCACCUGCCGGCAACCAGGCAUUCCUAGACGGGUUCAUGGCUCCCUUAUUUGGGAUGAAUCCAUUGCCUGGUGGUAAUACAUUUCCAGGACCUAGUCCUGGCGCUGAGAAUAUUGCGGUAGAACAUACUGGUUUUACUUUCACAAUUCCUCUUGGAGGUCCUCCGAAUCAGAACGGAGGCGGCCCCGCCCCGCCCCCAUUUGGUCCAGCAAAUGUACCUCCAGAUGCUGCUGGAGGAGGUCGGGAUGGGUUUCUCCAAGCAUUCGCAGAUUUCUUGCAGCAAAUGCAGCAAUUUGGGGGGCUUGAUGACAGUCGAGAAGAUCCUGAACGAGCGAAGAAACUCAUUGCGGGUUUGGAGGCUGUACCCGUAGGGCUCGUAAAGCGCUUGGAAAGAGUUGGUGGUGCGCCUGGUGGACACGUAGAUGGUGCAGAGACUACCGAAUCUUCCUCUCCAGGAUGCGCAAUCUGCUGGGAUACUUUAUUGGAUGCCGAGAGUGAUAGUUUCAAAGCAAAGGCUCCAGAGGAACCCUCCGCUGGAGCCAGCACCGAAACAUUGACUACUGCACCUGAAGGAGAAUCAAAUACGCCGAUGAGCACCGAUUCUGGGUCUACUCCAUCGAUGCCCAUCCCGACAGAUUCAGAUCUGCUGUCCAGCUCUCAAAGCUCCAACUCUCCGUUAGAAUCAUCCGUCCCUGAGGAGCCCAAAAUCAUCUCCCUCCCUUGUGCUCAUGUCUUCCACGAAUCCUGUUUGCUCCCCUGGUUUACAAGGGCGAAGCAAGCGACGUGUCCAACAUGUCGGUUCAACAUUGAUCCCGAGAACCUUACCAGUUCACCGCUUCCUUAUCAGCCUUUCAACUUUGGAGCACCUCGUUCAGCUCCACAAGCAAACGGUGCUGCUCCUGCUGCCCAAGCAGCUCCCGCGCCUGCAUCUGGUGCAGCACAACCUGUACCAGCUUCUACUGCCGAACAACCUGCGGCCGCUCCUCCGCCUGCAGGACCCACCGCCUUUGAAGCUGCAGCUGCUGAGCCAGCGCCUCAGCCUGCAGCUAACCAAGUUCCUCCUAAUUUCUUCAACCCUGGCCAACCUGGCCAGGGCUUCACCCUAUCGAACGGCGUAUCCGCAGGCCCUGGAGCCACUGUACAUAUCCUGCAGUUUCCCGGAGGAAACGCUUUCCAGGACUUCUUUCGUCGUGCUGGAGCAGGCCCCAUGCCACCGCCUCCAGUUCCUCGAACACGUACGCAGUCCCUUCCUACUAUUGCAGAUAACCGUCCCUUCGGCGGGCCGCAAGCAGGCGACUUCAUGACCAUCGGCCUUGAUCUGAUCUUCAACGAAUCGUUACCCGCAGAUAUGCCACUGCCGCAGCAGCAGCCUCACACACAGGGGCAGUCCCAGCCACAAGGGGAGCCGGAAUCACAGCAGCAGCCUCAGCCUCAAGAUGGGGUCCAGGAGCAGCAGCAGAACCAACCUCCAGGGCAAAGGCAAGGCCGAGCACCGCCUGUCGGCGAGGUGCCCCAGGAGUUCGAGUUCCAAAACUUUAUCAACAAUCUCAUUCAAAAUGCUACACGUACCUUCAUCCCCAUCCCAAUGUUCAACAACGGACCCGCUGCACCAGAGGGGCAGCCUCAGCCUGCACAAGGGCAGGAGCCACCUGCUGAUGAAGCCCAGGUUCCUCCUAUUAAUGCGCCUCCGCCCCAUCCAGGCGGUGCUUCCCUACCGAUACCGCCAUUCAACUUCCCACACACGCACCCUAUCCGCCCGACGCGCCCAAUGCCUCCGCGCCGCGAGAGGAAGACAUGGAUGCUGCCUGCCGCACCCGGUCCCUCGCUGCGGCAACGAGUGGAGCAGAAGGAGCGCGAGGCGGGCCUACGGUGCUACGAUCCGUCGUGUGGCAUUGGCCCGUCUGACGAAGACCCCGUCCCUGAAAUACUGGCUGAGUCAAUGAAGCAGCUCUCAAUACAUCCAUUAUUGCAUCCUGGAGAAGGAUCUUUGUGCGCGCACACAUUCCACCCUGCGUGCUUAGUUAGUGCGGAGCGCGUUGCCGGAUGGGGCGCGGAAGAUAAAACGGAGCCGCACGUGGAGGUGUCGUGCCCAGUAUGCCGUGAUUUGGGAUCUGUCACGAGGGAAGAGUGGGAGGAGGGCGUAUUGGCUCUCUGAAUGAUCGAUCGAUAUUGUGAUCGUCCGUUCAUUUUGCAUGCUUCUUGGAAGUAUACCUGUAUGUCUUGUCUCUAGUAAUGAUGUUUCAUAACCCACGAAAUAUGUGACUUCUCGGAUUAUUUUACGUCUCUAGAUUGUUAUUUUCAUUGCCUGUUAUCGCAACAUAGUUACGUGUAUGUAUGCCUCAUUCUAAUUGCACACACGCAAUACAUGCAUUCAUGAACCUUCAAAUACUCAUCGAACUUUAUCGCCGCA